CUUCCCUUCGAAAUGCAUCCUGCCUCGCCGCAUCAGCAUCGCGCCCGCCUGAACAUCGGAUCGCCGGGAUCGGGUGGAAUCCAGGCCUCCUCCUCGACGGAGACCUUCCCGCUCACUCCGCAGCCUCACCAGUCCUCGCAGCAUGCGGUCCACAUACCGCCGUCCACAUCGCUGCCCUAUCAGGGACUCAAGACCUCCGAAAACGAUGACAUGGGCUGCGUGGAGAUCCUGGCCACGGUGGUCUCCGUGCUGAUCAUGGUGCUCACCUUUCCCAUCUCGGUGUUCAUCUGCUUCAAGGUGGUGUCCGAGUACGAGCGGGCAGUGAUCUUCCGCAUGGGUCGCCUGCGCAGCGGCGGAGCCCGUGGCCCCGGAGUCUUCUUUGUGCUGCCCUGCGUGGACGACUACUAUCCGGUGGACCUGCGAACCGUUUCGUUCGAUGUGCCGCCGCAGGAGGUGCUCUCGAAGGACUCGGUUACGGUCACCGUGGACGCGGUGGUCUACUAUCGCAUCAGUGAUCCCCUGAAGGCGGUCAUCCAGGUGUACAACUACAGUCAUUCGACGAGUCUCCUGGCGGCCACCACGCUGCGCAAUGUGCUGGGCACACGGAAUCUCUCCGAGCUGCUAACCGAACGCGAAACCAUCUCGCACACCAUGCAGAUGUCCCUGGACGAGGCCACCGAUCCCUGGGGCGUUAAGGUGGAGCGUGUGGAGAUCAAGGACGUCUCGUUGCCAACUGCCCUCCAGCGGGCGAUGGCCGCCGAGGCGGAGGCGGCGCGGGAGGCGCGGGCCAAGGUGAUUGCCGCCGAGGGCGAGAUGAAGUCGUCGAGAGCGCUGCGCGAAGCCUCCGAGAUCAUCUCGGCCAGUCCUUCCGCCUUGCAGUUGCGUUACCUGCAAACCCUGAGCAGCAUUUCCACCGAGAAGAACUCGACCAUUAUCUUUCCGCUGCCCAUGGAGCUGCUCACGCCCUUCCUGAACACCCACGCCUACUCGCAGCAGCAGCAACACCAGCAGCAGCAGCAGCAACAUCAGCAGCAACACCAGCAACAUCAGCAACAUCCUCCUGCUCCGGCCACGCCGCUCCAUCGGCACCAGCAUCAGCACCACCAGUGACGCUCGAUGUCGGUGCUGCAGCCAUAUUUGGAGGCACUGCAUCGCUGCGAGCUGCGGCGACAGCAGGAGCAGCGUCGGUCUGCAGAUGAUGACGACAUCGUUGGCAUCUUGCUGUAGUUGAGCGACGACGACGGCAGCAGCAGCGGCAGACAGCCGGGAAAUGCCCGGAAAAUGUGUAACCAUAGGAAUUUCCUUUUGGUUCUUGAAUAAUCCUUCUAAAUGUAAAAUAUCUGCUGAUAUUCCAUGCUUCAGCCUCCCAAGGAAGCCAUGAUUUCGUGUUUUUUUUUGUCCUUUAUAAAUCUAUAAAAAAUAAAAUAAUAAUAAGAUAUGUUAAUUUUAAAAUAACCAAUAUUAAAAUGUAUUUUUGUUGUAUGUUAAGAUCUAAAUUGCCAACUCAUUUAAUAGAC